AUGCUUCCCAUUUCCAAUACCGCAUCUUCCGACCAGCCGGCAAACUCAAAACCCAAAACCCCAGAAGUUUUAGGUCGUAAGAAUUUGUUCAACACGCUAAAACCCUACCUGUCUUUCCACCACCGCCGCUUAUGGUUUUUCCUCGCCGUCGUCCUCCUGCAGCUCCUCCUCCUCCUCUCCGCCCCUUCCAUCCCCUUGUACCGAUCCACCGCCGGCACACCUAACCCUUCCCCAACUUCCACCUCCAUCGCCACAACGUCAAUCAUUUCCACUAUCAAUAAUAACUCCACAACCUCCGGAAGCUGCCCAGAUGGUAAAGUCUACAUUUACGACCUCCCACCACUUUUUAACUCCGAGAUAGUGAAAAAUUGCCACGAUUUGAACCCAUGGAGUUCACGCUGCGACGCUCUUUCAAACUCCGGUUUCGGCAAAAGGGCCACCGGGAUUUCAAAAGUUGUCCCGGACAAUAUAAGGCCAGCUUGGUUUUGGACCGACCAAUUUUCGACGGAGCUAAUUUACCAUAAUCGCAUGCUGAAUUACCGGUGUAGAACCUUGGAACCGGAAUCUGCUACGGCUUUUUACAUUCCGUUUUACACUGGUCUUGCGAUCGAGAAGUAUUUGUUCACCAGCAAUUCCACAGCAAAAGAACGCGAUCAAUACUGCAAGAUGAUGCUCGAUUGGGUGAGUGAUCAACCUUACUUAAAGAAAUCCAAUGGUUGGAACCAUUUUAUCUCCAUGGGCCGGAUUUCAUGGGAUUUUCGCAGAUCGAAAGAGGAAGACUGGGGUUCGAGUUGCAUUUACAUGCCCAAAAUGCGUAACAUCACGCGGUUGUUGAUUGAGCGAAACCCUUGGGACUACUUCGACGUCGGAAUCCCUUACCCCACCGGAUUCCACCCCAGCUCCGCCACGGACGUAAUCAACUGGCAAGAAUUUGUCCGCACACGGCGGCGGAACACCCUCUUUUGCUUCGCCGGCGCAACAAGAGGGAUUAUUAAGAACGAUUUCCGGGGGAUUUUACUGAAUCAAUGCUAUAACGAGUCAGACUCAUGCCGAGUCGUAGACUGUGCCGGGUCAAAGUGCGCAAAUGGCACGUCGGAAAUUCUAUCCACAUUUCUUGACUCGAAUUUUUGUUUGCAGCCUCGGGGGGAUAGUUUCACCCGGCGGUCCAUAUUUGACUGCAUGGUAGCCGGUUCAAUCCCGGUUUUCUUCUGGCAUCGAUCAGCCUACCUUCAGUAUGAGUGGUUCUUACCGAUCAAACCGGAAAGUUACUCGGUUUUCAUAGACCGGAAUGAGGUGAAAAAUGGGACCUCAAUAAAGAGCGUUCUUGAAAACAUUAGCAAAGAAAAAGUUAUGAAAAUGAGAGAAAAAGUGAUUGAAAUUUUACCAAAUAUUGUGUAUGCAAAGCCCAAUGAAGGAUUGGAGGGCAUAAAGGAUGCAUUUGAUGUGGCUGUGGAAGGGGUAUUAAGGAGAAUUAAGGAGCAAGAUGGAGGGUAUAAAUGGAAAUGA